UGUAAAGUUAUGGCCUCUACAUUCGUAAACUGGCUUCGCUCUCCAGCUGCUCGAGAGUACUUCUUCAGCACACACUUCUGGGGUCCAGUCGCGAAUUGGGGUCUUCCGCUCGCUGCUAUUGCUGACCUUAGCAAGGGCGAAGAGGUGAUAUCUGGUUCUAUGACCACUGCUUUGGGGUGCUACUCCAUGGUUUUCAUGCGUUUUGCUUGGCGCGUGCAACCACGCAAUUACCUUUUGUUCGCGUGCCAUGCCACGAAUGCCGUCGCUCAAUCAACGCAGGGCGUACGUUUUCUCAACUACUGGUACAACGGUGGGAGAGAGAAGAAGUUAGGUCUCACAGGUGUCGUGGAAGAGAAUGCAAAGGAGGUGAAAGAAUCCGUGACAGAGGCAGUGCAGAAAGCAAAAGACCAGAUAAAUAAAGUAGGAAAAUGA